CCAAACAGCACUGUCGGGUCGGUAGAAUCUACCGGGUCAAACGCAUCUAGGAAGUCUUGGACGAGACAAUAUCACACAGUCAAUAAGACUUCGACCGUAGUAAGUUGAUGAAAACUAACUUACAUUUUUAGUAUCGCCCGUAACGCCAGUAUAACUGCUGCUGAUGCUAGUAAGCUACGCUAAAGCACCUAGAUAAAUUGAAGAUGCAGUGAAUUUUGUUCCGAAAGGUACUUGAGCGUUUUAUUGUAGUUCCUAAUUUAGAAGAAAUUUUAAACCGGUUACGUUAAGCCUACCUGUUCGGCACUUGAUCUCGCAUGAAGAACACUUGCUUUCCGAGCGAUCUGUGGUUGUAGAUUGGGAGAAAAAUAAGAACUUCUUAUAUUAUCUUUUAGUUUUCAAGGGUAAUCUUAAGUUAUCUGUUUACAGGAAAAAUUCGUCAUUUAUUUUCUAUGGCCUAAUGUCUUGACAGUUUAUGACCAUAUCCUUAUGCUUAAUUGGUUCUGCAUUUUAUCCUGCCCUCUAAUAAAAAAUUGCAAAUAUCAUAGAGAAUUUAAAGCAUUGUUCUUCCUUAGGAUGAAUCACUCUUUGCUUCACCAAAGAAGACAAGACCUGGUGAAGAGGAUGCUUUUGCUGCAGCAUUGUCUGAACGGUCAUCGCGUAGACACAUUGGUAGGUACAUCAGUUUGCUCAAUACCGUGGGUACCAGAGACUAUUCAUGGUUUCCGAUUUUCCUGAUUCAGUCAAGUCUUUUUACUGACUCUUAUGGCUUGGGCCUGUAGCUGACACCAAUGGCAAAGAGUCCACUGCAUGGGAGAAAAACUCCUGGUACCCAGAGUAAUAGCAUGGCUCAUGUAAUGCUAAAUUGGACUUGUUGGAAAAUAUGCAUUUAGUUAUCUGUCAUCAUUGGCAGAUCUAAUAUUAAUCUUCAAGUAGGAGGGGGGGCGCUGCUAUCAAGACCUUGAGAACAUAGAGGGUCUCAGCUUUCAAAAAAUUUUUGUCAGCCGAUGGGCUUCAGUUUGGCCUGAAAAUAAAAGUGGGGGCUUAGAAGUGGCUGAGACCCCUAGAUCCGACCAUCACUUGUGACUCUAGGGACUCUUUCAUUUCCUGAACUUCGAUGUGGUUCGUAGGAAUUCAACUCCAGGACAUAUGACACUGUGAGUUGGAACAAUUGCGACAAAGAUAAAAAAAUCCAAAUUCUUUAUUUAAGCAGUAUUUUUACCACUGUUGCCAUCGUCGGAUCUUAAUCAUGAUGCACUCCUUUGAUUUGAGGAUUUGAGAUCUACUUCCUUUGUCACUCUAGAGCUGACAGCUUCAGUUGUAAGAUUUUUAGCCUUUUUGUAGCCGCACCCUUCCCCUCCCUAAGAGCAACACCAACACCAGUGGCUAUAUGUUUGCUUGAAGAUUUUGUGGUAAUAAUCGUACUGCUCUUCUUAAAAUUAACUAUGGACUGGUCCAUGCUUUCAGGAAAAGGAUCACCAGCAAAAAAGUCUGAUGACCCAGAGACAAUUCAAGUUAUAACCAAGGAUUUAAUCAGAAGAUUAAGGUAAACUUCUGUUUUACAUUGAAAACUCUUAGCCAGGGACCAGGCUCCACAGUGGGGGAAAAAGGCAAAACACGGGGUCAAACAGGAAACAUAUUGGCAGCGAAGCGAUUUUUUUUCGCCGACACCAAUUUUUUCUCCUUUUUCUCACAAUGCGGAGCCUGGUCCCAGGCUAUAUAAUUCUUUAAUUUUGACCCUUUAAGCUCUAAUUAUUUUAUUCAAAGGCAUUUUCUCUGUACCUGUCUAUAUACAUUUCCUACACUACAAAUAGAAGUGCAUAAAAUUCUGCAACUAAUUUGUAUAUUUUUGUCCAAUCUACAACUAUUAUUUUAAUUUGUUGACAGAGUUCCUCAAGAAGAUCCUUCUGGAAGGACUAUUAUUUUAGAGGCUGGUGAAUACCAACGAAUUAAGGUGAGGUUGUUAUAAUGCAGGGCUUCUGAUAUUUUGCAAGACCGCAGCGCCGCAAAAUUCUUGUAAAACUGCGAAAUCCCACUAAAUUCGCCAGAAAUCUUGUCAAAUGCAUGUUGAUACAACAUAUUUGAAACUUGUCUCGGCUAUUGGGGCUGUUUAAUUGCCGUAAACUUGCAAAAUUAUCUUCAAACUUCAUCACCACAAUGAGCAAACAACAUCCCAGAACUAUCAAGCAUAAAUUAUGUUGUGAAAACUGGGCAGUAGUGAUGAUGUUAAAACCUGCUCAUUGGCUCAUUUCUCAAGCACUUUGUUGUUGAAAUAGCAAAUAAUUAUCUUUGUUAAAAAACAUUGAACACACUUGUGAAAUUAGCGCAAAAUCAAUUAUUGAUUUCGUACAAACUUUGCUCUGAAAAUUCCCAUGAAAUCAGCCGUUUUUUAGUGAUUGUUUUUCGCCAAAGGUAGCCUUGAAAAUUCUGUGAAAUUUCAGCAAAAUCAGCUGAUUUUUCCGCAAAUCUGUUGUGUUAAUCAGUCUGAUCAAUAAGAGUAUUGUUUGUCAUCCUUGGACUCCUUGACAGGACUUUUUUGUGGGAGUUAACUUGGCAUUUCAGCCCUCUUUCCCCCAAAUAAAUAAAUGAAAAUGAAGUUUUGCUUUUCACCAGUCUGCAUCACAUGUUCCCACUCAAGAAGAAAGAGACUGGGCUAGGGAAGAAAUGAAAAGGAGGAAAGAAUAUGAACAAAAUGCCUCAGAGGAAAGAAAAAAUUUUAUGCAGACCAUGGAGCUGAAAAGAAAAGAGAAUGCAAAACCUUCAGAUCUGGAGCAGGUAAAUUACUGUAUAAACUGAAAAAUGAAAAACAUUAAAUUUAUAAAUUAAAGGGCUGAAAGCAGAACUGUCUUCUGUCAAGUCUUAUGUUGAUUUUUUUCUGGCCAGAAUUGCCUCAAUCUUCAUAUGUGACCUAAAUUGAUUCCUAAGGAAAACUUUGCUGUGUAUUUUUUUGCGCUAUUUCUUACUAAUUUUUGUACAAAUUACUUAUGCAAAAAAUGCUUUGGGUCCUUUAGUUUGAAACAGAAACAAAAGAAAUCAGAAUCAGAAAGUUCCUUGUUUUGCUAAAUCAACUAAAAACAUCCUUAGAUUAGAUUCAACUGACAUUUAUUUUUUCAUCAACACACAGUCUAAUAUACAGUGAAACCUUGAUUUAACAAACCUCUAAUAACCAAGUCCUCGAUGUAAUGAACGAUUUUCUUUACCCCAAUAAUACUAAAAUAAUUUAAUAUAUAAAAAGGAACCGUAUUCAGAUGUUCGACUAAUGCUUUUUCAGAUUUUUAAGGACGUUUUAUCUUUACAGACCAAUGGCAAUUGUAGUUUUGAUGAGGGAAUUUUCAUCUGAGUUUUGAUUAUUGUAAAUGGCUAUACUUUCUAGGAAGCAAAGAAACAGAGUGGCACUUUACUGGAAAAUGCGCAAGAACAGAUGGAAGAACAGGAGGAUGAAAUUAAGAAGCUUAAUGAGGUAGCCUCAGUUGUCUUAACAGGGUUAUUAGGCUGAUUUAGCAACAGAAUGGAAAUGUUAGUUGACGACAGCGCGCGCAAAUCAAACAACUGGCUUGACCAAUGGCAGAGCGGCAAAUUGGGCACCGGAAGUCGUGUUUAGACCUUUCCGCGCGCUUUCCCGUUGUCAACUGACAUUCCCGUCCUGUUGCUAAAUCAGCCUAAUCUUUAUCAAGUAUACUUGAAAAAAGUAAAUUAAACUGUCUAAGUGUAUUUAACAAAGCAAGUACUACUGCUUGUGGUUGAAGUCUAAACUUUUGAACAUUUCAGAUCGUCUUUUCUAUUGAUUUCUAUAUGGGCAUAGACUGUGGUCUUCAUGGUCACUUUGUUUUUACCAUAACUCUCUUUUUGUAACUACUGACCACAGGAUAAUGUAAAGACUCUUAAGAAAUAAUUUAAUAACUUUCAGAGCAUUUUCUGUUUCCGUUGCAGCUCAUACUAAAUGCCAAGUGUCAUGCCAUCCGUGAUGCACAGCUCAUAGAAAAGGUUGAGAUCAAGAAAGAACAACUAGAGGAGGAAAAACGACUUGACGAGAUGAUGGAAGUGGAGAGACUUAACGCGCUGAAAGAGUAUGAGGAGAGAGAGAAAGCAGCACACUUUGAAAGACUCAAAGGAGCGCAAGUGCUGCAGCAACAGAUAACUGAUAGGGAACAGUCACGAUUGCUGGAUGAAGAGAAAAAAGACCAAGAAACAAAGGUUGGUACAUCUAACUGGUUCCUUAAUGUACAAAUUCUCACUCUUUUUUUUUUAAUUUCAUGCCUUCCUCCCUUUAGCCUUUUUUUGAUCACAAAAUGUUAAUCAUUAUUGUGCAAUUUCCCCUACUUCUCCCACUUCCCACUCUUUUAGAAUUCCCGCCUCCCAUCCUUUUCUCUUCUGCCUCCCGUACCCCUUCCUCCCCCUAUUUACCCUUUCUCAUACCCCCUGUCCUUCCCCACUCAGAAGGUGUUAAUUUGAACCCUCACCCUAUCCCUGGGAAAAUUUCAGUUUAGCUACAUACUUUCCGUUAAAAUUUUUUACCCGUAGGAUCCCCCCCCCCCCACCCCCAUUGAAAUUUUGGAUCAAUAGGCCAUUUUACAGUUAUGGAUGGAAGCGAGGCUGACAGUGACCUUGUUUUGAUACAAACCUUCCUGCUUUACUAUGUAAAUCAAGUUAUUCUUAUGCUAACUAGUAUUUUUCAAGGGCAAUUUCCAUAACAAAGCAAAGGAGGUUUCUAUCAAAACAAGGUCACAGUCAGUCUCACGUUCACGCGAAGGUUAGGGUACUAAGUCCACAACUGUAAAAUGGUCAAUUUAGGUUUCUGGGAAACUGCCCACCUACACCUCCCCUAAGCCAUCAUUUUACCCUAAGCGAGAAGUAAGUGUUAAUGUUAGCUUGGGGGAAGGGGUAGGUGGGCAGUUUCCCGGAAACCUAAAUUGAUCCGAAAUUUCUAGUAACCUGUCAUGGGGUGGGUGUGGGUAUUUUCUGGAACCACCCAACAUAGUGAUGCUAGUAUUUCAUGGGGGAAAAUGAAAAAAAAAGAAAUCAUUCUUUAUGAUUUGCUGUGGAAAUUUAAGGUUGCAUACUAGAUUUCUUUUUUUCUUUUAGGUGAUGUUACAAUACCUUGAUAAGCUGCAAAAAGAAGAUAUGGAAAAUUUGGUCAAAAAGCGAGAAAUACAAAGAGCAUUGAUGAAAGAUGUGGCCAAGGCAAACGAGGUGAGCUUUUUAAACACUUCAUAAAUUCCAAUGGUCGUGAAUAUUAUUGUUUGAUCGCCUGAAGAGAGCACCAACAACAAAGCAUUUCAACACGCCAAUUCUUGAGCAACAGGACAACAGGGCUUUUCAGUUGUGCAGUUUGAAUGCAAGAUCAUUAAGAAAUAAAUCAACGGCUUUUGUGGAGUUGGUAUGUGAUUUGAAGGCUGAGUUGUUUACGAUAUGCAAGUCCUGGCUCCAUGAUCUCUGUUCUAGUCCAAGUUUAUCAAAUCUAGGGCAGGUAUAGUCAUAAAUGAAUGUAUCAAUAACCAGUGAAGGUUGUUGGAAAAAAUGCUCACAACAAUCCCGAAAGGUAUUGUGGGUGGUUUUGAGGUCACUGUUCUCCAAAGAAAUUUGGAAGAACGGCAUGAGAGUCCAUGGACAUACGUUUGUGAGUGCUAAAGGAAAGCACCAAACGUAAGUUUGACAGCUGCAGUGUCAGGAACGGUGUACUGAUCAUAGCUCAUAUAACCCGCGGGAUUGUUGCGUGCACAUUUUCAUUGACAACCUUUCUCGAAAUAACUGUACGUGUGUUUCUUGGCUCAACUAUGUAAAUAUCAAUUUUUGCUCGUAAAUGGCUCAAAUUUUAGCCCAUUUUAUGAUGUUCUGUUUACCCGAUGGAAACCCUCGGAACGGGGUACUUUGAAGUUAAAAUGAUGGGGACGAUACAAGGAUGCCCCCCCACCCCCGGGUCUCAUAAGUGGGACCUUAAGCUGACGUCAAAAAAUGGCAACCGGAAGUAGAUAUUAUAUCUCUUUCACUGCUCUGACUUGACAAAUUCAUACAGCGGGAGUUAAAACAAAUGCAUUCAGAUUCUUUGUGUGUGACAAAAGUGUACCAUCAAGCGAGACAUCGAAUUUCCGGUUACUAUUCAUGCUGUCCCGGACGUAGUGUUCUCGUUGCUUAAGCUCACUAGUAGCCUGCGCCGCACUCUCAGAUGGUAGGCCAGCGCAAAACGAUGCGCUAACUUGAGUACCAGGCCACGUUUCUGGGAUGGGGAAAAUCUCUUCUCCCACUACCCCUAAGGAGGGCUUGAUCAACUUCAGGCUAAUGACGCGCGUGAUCUGGGGAAGAGGGCGACCACCUCAGGACUGAUAGUUUUAAUUGUUAUUUCAUCUCCUAAGCUUCUAUAUCUGCUACUGGUAGUUUAGCUGAGCCUACAAAAUGGAAGAUGAACGCUGGGUACCUUUUAGUAAUUUCUGUUAAAAAAAUUUGUUAUCUUUAAUACCCAGGAAAUCAAAUUUCUGAGAGAACGUAAAACAGAGCAGGAAAAGUUAGAGGAAAUUAAAGUCAUGGAGUUUUUGAAGCAAAAAGCGGUAUGUAAAAACUUUGAAGAUUUGAUUAUUAUCUUCAGAUUAUUUUGCAAGUAAUAACUUCACUAAAAACUUUAAACAGAGCAGGAAAAGUUAGAGGAAAUUAAAGUCAUGGAGUUUUUGAAGCAAAAAGCGGUAUGUAAAAACUUUGAAGAUUUGAUUAUUAUCUUCAGAUUAUUUUGCAAGUAAUAACUUCACUAAAAACUUUCAGGAUAGUCACGAACGAAAUUUAACAAAAAAUUUUUUUCGUUUUAGGAAAGAGAAGAAGCUUAUCAGCGUGAAGUGGAAGCUGCCAGAAUCGAGAAGGAAAAAGAAAUAGCUCGUCUUCGUGCACAACAAGAAAGAGCAAAAGAUAAGCAAGCCGAGAAGGUAACUUGCACUGUUAAUCUUGAAGAAAACCGCAGCAAAAACGGCAUAAAAAUUCGACAAAAACAACAACGACAACAAUGUAUUUAUUUAAAGAAAUAUAAAGUUUACAAUACUUUGUCCUGCAAAUAGCUAUAAUGCUAAUCUAGGCAGGAAAAGACUUUAAAUAAAGACGUUAUUAAAUUACAUAAGAAAAAAGAAAAGAAAAGAAAUACAAUAACAUACAGAAAGAAACACCUUACAUAUAAAUUCAAGCACAGGGGAUUUUGUUAUUUGAAAAAGACUAAAAUUAUAACUGGAGGUAUAUACAACAUAUCAGGUUAACUGAAUUGCCAAACAUGUCAAGUACUAUAGCUCGAGAAACUAAACUCGCGGAUCGCGGAUAGGGGUUUGUUUCCGACUUCAGCGUUACAGACGUCGACGUAUGAACAAAUACUUAGAACAGUUUCGCCAUCCUUUUCAAGUUCUUUUUAACGCCAUUGUACUUAAACUUUUAAAACUCUCUGGGCUGCGGAAAGUUCGUUGAGCAUAAUUUUAUCAACAACACUCACGAACACUCAAUAUACAGGUGCACUUUAAUUCAAUUUAGUUGAAUAUCUUAGUAUAAAGAGAAUACUUUCGCUGUUUCUUUCUUUCCGGUGUUAUUUUUACGAGAUCUAAUUUUCGCGAAUCGUUAGAAAAUCCGCGAAAUUUCGUGCUUCCUUCGUUGAACCCAGCCGGAGGAAGAUUUCUGAACGGAAUUUAAAAAUAUAAAACAUCUUUUUGAAAAGUCUGGAAUGGAUUUGACUCUUUAGGAUGCCUUAAGAGCAAAGCGAAAUCAAGAAGAGGCUGAACGAGAGUGGAGAAGAAAAGAAAAAGAAGAAGCCGAGAAAAAGUGAGCUAUUGUUCUGUUUGUUGCUUAUUUGUUUACGAUUUUCUGAUUUUCUGCCUUUCGAGUUGGGCUUGCAUCUCGGAUUUCUUGUUCCGCGCGAGAAGUUAGCCCGCGCACAAACCUCUUUUGCUUACUCCCCCACAAGCGUAACCUGUUCCAGGCUCCGAAAUAGUCGGGUCCUCUGAAUUUAGAAAGCGCGAACAUGAAAAAGGGGAGGAAACUAAGGAGAGGAAGGGCGGCGCUUAAGAUGGUCGUAAAAGAAAUGCUUACAGGCUCUCUAUCCCUUCCUUUUUCCCGCCCCGCCAACUUUUCGCGCGCCUUUCACUUUUGCGUCUUCUCCACUAUAUGAGAGCCUGGAACAGGCUUCCACAAGCGAGUCUGCUGACACGCUGCCAUGAUUUUUUUUCACUCCCGCAAGGGGGUUUUUCAAGGAAUUGAGCAGCAAUGUUGCAAACAAAUUUAAUUUGUCACGCAUGUUCUGACAAUCUUAUUUACGGCUUUGCCAAGAAACCAAAUAAGAUGUCCUCGCGGAUCUGCGCGACUCUCACCUUACGCGCACGUUGCGCCGUCUCGCGUUGUCCAUAUCACGCGAUCGACAAGCCUCUCGAAGUGUAUAUGUAAAUUGGGCUUUAAACUUAUUUUUCCUUAAACGAGUUCUUAAAACCAAAGAAUUGUUUUUUUUGUAUAUAUUCCUUGACUUGUUUAGCUUUUUAUGCUGAUGCAAUGUUCCCGUUUUUCGCAGGAGAGCGACCGAGGAAAUGUUGCGAAAGGCUCGCGAGGAUCAAGUCAGAAACAAAGAACAUUUCCUAGCAGUACAGGCUGGAAGAGACCGGGCUGAAUUUGAACGAGUUUUAAUGUAAGUUAGGUUUUUAAAAGAGUUAUAAAAGACAAAGAACAGUAAAUAACAGUGUAAUGACAGUAUACAAGACAGGAUAAACUCUAUCCUCUUUUGCUGUAUAUAACUUCACCUAGAACUCUAUUUAGAAAACGAACAACGAUGAGGGCAAUAAAGAAUUAAAACGCGCCAGAACGCGAUAAGCGCGCUCGGAAGUAGGAAUAUUAAAGUAAAAGGCAUUCUUUUCUGUGCGCGGAUGAUCUUAAGAGCGUGGGAAGAAAAAACUCUCUCUCGACAAUUGGCAUAUUUGUUAGUUUUGGGUAUCCUGUGAACAGGAUCUCUGUUUGGGGAAAGGUGAGGGUUUUCAGAAACCUUCUUGAUGGGGCGCACUCAUUUCCUUUUGAUAUUGAUAAAGUAAUCCUUACGAAACUAUGUGGGACGGUUUGGAGAAUAUGCCAGUUGAUAAAUGCUUAGUGGGUUGAUUGAGGGUGUAUUGAUCAUUAAACAAAUUCUCCUCAUUGGCACAAUAAGAAUUGUAUGAAGAGUGGUUUGUAGAAUCUGAUUGUUAAGGUCUAAGGUUUAAUUUGCUUUUUACAGAGCGCAAGAAGAGCAGAUGUUAAAAGACGAAGAAGCUGAUAAAAUCCAGAGCAUCCGUCGCCAUCAGCACUCGGAAGAAGUUCGUCAACAAAUACGGGAAAAAGAGAAAGAUAGAAUCCAUGCCAGGAAUGCUUUCUUCGAGGAAGGAAUCAAGCUGGAUCAAGAAGCAAAAGCUCGGUGAGUCUUGCCUUGCCUCGUUCCCAUGCGGCGUCUUCCCAGGCUUCCUCGGUCGAAACGCGUGGACCGCGCGGAAUAAUGAGGCCUAGGGACUAGGCAAAGUCUUCCUAACCCUUUAGUUUCCAAGAAUGGCCAACACCCAUUUUCUCCUUGCAUUAUCAGUAGAUAAUCAAAAAGAAAAGGUUGUGAGAAUUAACAUCAUGAUAAUCAAAGGAAAAAGUCUGAAAUCUUUUAUCAAAUGUAUGACAUUGUAUGACAUCGUAGCAAAGAAAUCGUCGGGAAGGUGACUUCUUCUCGCGCUUGACUCAUGCUCUAUCUUAGUGUGUGUUGGGCGGGGGAGGGGCCGGGGAAUGAGAGCCUCAACAGGGAGGCUAGCCCACUAAAGGGUACCUUUUUUAGGCGUCAUAGAUAUAAAAGCCAAGGGAUUUCACUUGUUGACAAAUUUAUUAUAGUAUAAAGGAUAUAAAAGGUCUGUUAAAGGACCUAAAACGGGCCAGCAGACCCAAUUUAUGGCUUUGAAAAAAUUAACAAAACCUCGUUCAUGGUUUAGUAGUUUAUUCUUACUGGGUAGGAGCUGCUCGUAAGGUGUUUCCUCAUUGGUCGCAGAAAACGAUGUCACAUCAUUGUUUAUCAUUAUUUCCCAUUGUUUAGCCGUUAGGGUAUCGAACCAAUGAGCUUUUAGGGUUAGGAGAGCUGCUACAUCUGUCUUAACAUCUGUCUGGGCAUUUACAUGUACAGCAGUUAAAAGAGAUGCAGCGUUCUAACUUGAAUGGUAUCAUUUUUCAAUAAAAGAUAUACGAAAGGGGUAUGUACCUCUCCUGUCAAAAAUGGUGUAUAAAAGGGUAAGGGGUUGGACCUUGGGAUGGAACAUCCCGUAGAAAACUUCGUUGAGUAGUCCCCGAGUGGGCGAGGGGGGGCUACACUUCACUUGGUUCACUUUGUCAACUUGUUUCAUUGAUCAUCUGAUAAGUGUUCGGAAAAACAUUAUAAAACAUAUGAUCAGCAUCGCAGGUUAUAUAAUUUAACAAAUCACAGUCAUUGAUAGGCUUUAAAUUCUCUUUUAGGCGACAAAAAUUAGAUGACAUUAAAAGAAGAAAACUGCAAGAACUGAGAGACGCCGGUGUCCCUGACAAGUACUGUAACGAGGUUGCGCGACGAAUCGAG